GUUCCUUGCCCAUAAACGCCUAGUUUCGAGACUACGGUACGGUUCGAUAGGCUAACGGGUAUACUUGCCUGUUCCAUAUUGAUAUAUGCAUUUGUAAAUAUAAACCACACAUGACGUCAAGCGUGAUUACCCCUGUAUUCCUCGUUCAUCACGGAAUGCCAGUACAGACACGCAGUGCUACACAUGCCCCUAGCAUGGAUUCCAAUGGGAGUUCCUAUCCUCCUCAAAGGCAAAAGCGAACGAAGAAAAGCGAAAAUGAGGACGCCGCUGCAAGAAACGCAGAAGUAAAGAUGGAACCCGAUGUCGGUGAGAAGCGUGAAGCUCCGGGGUUUGACACGGGGGAAAUGGAAGCGAAAGAGGUCAAGAAGCUGAAGACAGAAGAGGUCGAUACAAAUGAAUAUGCAUUCACCCCAGGGGUAAUCGAACGUGGACAUAUAUACUUCUUCUACCGUCCGAAGGUCCAGCGUGAAGAAGUCUAUUCUAUUGACGAUGUCGGCAAGCUCCAGAUACUUCUUGUCCCUAGUCCACCCUUGGUCAGUGUGCACGGCGAAAGUGAGGCGCAGAAUAAAGACGCCUCCGGUGCAGAUGCGGACGAGAUGAACCUCGUGGCGCAAGGCGCAGACGCUGCGCCUGCACCUGAACCAACGAGGAAGGACAAAAAACACUUCCGCUUGAUCAUCGUCGGCAAGAAGACUCUCCCUGAUCCUGAAUGCAGGAGGCAUGCCCCCAUUUGGGCCACGGUGAUAUCCGUGGGCGAUAAUCUACAUGACCUGGAGGAGCGGCUGGGGGAAAAGACUUAUGAGACGAAGACCCGAGGUACACGUCACACAGGACCUGUUCGCCUCGCAGGCUGUGGUGUGUAUGCGAUCGUCAAUUCACUAGGGAAUGUUCCAUCAAGAAAUGCUACUCAUCUCGGAUAUCACCUUUCACACCCGACUCAGUUAGGAGAUGUUCAGGAAGCACUUGGGAUCCGUAUCGCAUCCUCUUUUGUAAUCCAGGUCAAGAAUCCCAAUGCAGAAGUCCCAGAUGGUCAACGUGUAGGAUUGCCGAAGAGUCGACGUGCAAAAUAUCCAGAAGGCAUCAUGAGACACGUAUUCGGAAAGGGUGAAAAAGGACGUUCGUCGGCAAUUGGACUUCGAUUCACCAGCUGUAACUGUAUUGGACUUCUGGACCACGAAGGCGCUGAAUUGCUUUUCAUCCCGGCUCGUACGGGAACGGAAGGAAAUGAUCAGAGCCUCGGAAAUCGGCGAGGAGCAGCUUUGGCAGAAGUCGGCCGACGCGAAUUAGAGGAGCAAGUCGAACAAAUUUUCAAGGAAUUGACCUUUGACAAGGAUCGCUUCCCGGCAGAGCCUCUCAAAGGGGAGUGGAUCUAACGCGAUCAAUGGUCUUGCAGGAUGCGCGGUGCUCAAGUUCAUAACACGAGUUUUCCUGCAAGGAAUACAAUUGUGGCAAUCAUGGUAUACUAGGUAAUGGAUAAAGUUACAAACGUUCGUACAACUUGUCAUGUCAUGUCUGGUUCUGGUUCAUCACCAUCAUCAUUCACUCGUAUCACUUUAAUCCAUUCACGGUACUUGAAAUUUCCUUGGCGA